CACUUUCCUCCCCACUGCAGACCUUAUUGUGCACCAUAGGACUUCUUAGGUAUGAACACCGAAACAAACACCCACGAACACAGAUAGAGAAGGACGGAAAUAAUGCGAAAGGAAGAUGGCGGAGCUACAGAGAUCUUCCCAAACAUUUAGGUGGUCUGGUUCAUCUGGUCUGAUCUGGCAGGAGAGGCUUAUGCCUGAAGACCAGAACCAGAGGAAUCAAGGGGCAGCUGGGGAGGUAGAGGUCAACAGCUUAGAACUCAAGGAGCUAAGGCAUUUCCGUAGCAUCGGGUCAUGGGGAGCUGUGGAGCGUAGGUGCAGUGACGGUGCCAAGCGCGGUGGCAUGCCCAGCGACAUCAACCAGGCCUUUCAUUCUCGGCAUGUUCCGCCUGCUCUUGAUCCUCGUUCACCCAAGUUUGCUCGUUGCAUGUUCUGUGGAAUUUUUAGGAAGGAAGGUCCCUCACAAUCUUCCGAACCCAGAAGGUACUAGGGUGGUGUAUAUACUUUUGAGUGUUUGGGAAUAGGUUUGAAGUUCAGGUGUAUCACAAUAAGGGUAUGUUUGUUUUGUGUGAGGUUGUUUGAAUAGGUUUGCACGUUUUAUUGUGUGCCAUUGCUACCUUUCCUUUUCUUCUCAGCAUUA